AGGUGUUCUGAGUUAUGGAUGUUGACACAUUCCUUUUGGGUGCAAGGAGAAGCAGCUCCGGGAGACCAAGCAGCAGCAGCAGCAGCAGCAGCAACAGCAGCAGCAGCAGCACUGACCGCGAACACUCGGGGGUUUGCUCCCUGCCCUCUUUCCCUCUCCCCACCGGCUCACCAGUAUGCACCUUCCCCUGAGCCCCUUGGCAGUCCUCAGAGCGCUGGUACCAUGUGGAAAUGGAAAGUGAGCAAGAGUGCUGCCGUGUGGUCUCGCCUCUCCUGCCUGUCCCUGCUGCUGGCGCUGCUCCUAUGCUCGCUGCCCGCGGCUUGCCGCGAUGGCCUCCGGCCCGGUCGCGCGCCCCGCGGCACCAACUCCUCCGUAGUGGUGGGACGGCACGUGCGCAGCUACAACCACCUCCAGGGAGACGUGCGAAGGAGGAAACUCUUCUCCUUCCAGAAGUUCUUUCUUAGGAUUGAUAAAAACGGCAAAGUGAACGGCACCAAGAGCAAAGACGACCCGUUCAGUGUGCUGGAGAUCAAGUCUGUGGAUGUUGGUGUGGUGGCCAUCAAAGGCCUGAGCAGCAACUACUAUCUAGCCAUCAACAAGAAAGGCGAGCUGUACGGCUCGAGGGAGUUUGGUGUGGACUGCAAGCUGAAGGAGCGGAUAGAGGAGAACGGCUACAAUACCUACGCCUCUGCAGAAUGGAGGAACAAGAAGAAGUCCAUGUUUGUGGGCCUCAGUGCCAACGGCAAACCUAUGAGGGGCAAAAAGACACGGCGGAAAAACACCGCCACACACUUCCUUCCCAUUGUGGUGUAGCAGUAACGGUACAGCCAUGGUGACAUAACCACGGUGACAUAGUCAUCGUGGUAAGGCCAUGGUGCUGCACUGGGGAAAAGGAGCAUU